AUGGAUAGACUUAGUGAGCUCAAUCCUUCAAAACAAAACCAUACAAAAUCGCCAAAGACUCAACGUAAGGCAGUUUUUCGAUUAGGGGGAAUCGUGUCUGCGCCCGGUGUUCACACUUCGUUGAAAAACUUACAGACAAUAUCUAAAUAUGAUCACAGACUUCGCUUCAACGUUGGUGGAACGUACUUCGAAAUUCUUAAAGAGAACUUGGCUCGCUUCCCUGACACUUUACUCGGAGGAAAUAGAAAAACACAGUUCUUCGAUGAAAAAAGGAAUGAAUUUUUCUUCGAUCGAGAUCCAAUAAUGUUCAAAUACAUUCUUGACUUCUAUCGGACAGGAAAGUUUCACAUUUCGACGCCAGAUUGUAUGGAAUCUAUAAGCGAUGAGCUCGCAUUCUUUGGAAUUCCGGAAUCAUUUGUCUCUGAGUGUUGCUGUGAGUAUAUAAACUUUGAAAACAACCUCGAAGAGGAGAGAAUACAUAUUCAGAAAAAGGCUCCAGACGCCUUCGGUGGCCGAGAAAAGUUGCAUGAAUUUUUAACUGACUUUAAAAGCUCUUUAGCAGCCGCUAUUUUCAGCUACUUUUUCGUCCUAGUCGUGGUGAUAAAUAUUUGUAUCAUAGUUGGAGAAACGUUGGAGUGCGCUUUAAACAGGAAAUGUGGGGAUUACUUCGAGGCCGAAUUCUUCUGCGUCGACUCUUUCUGUGUCGCGGUCUUCACACUUGAGUUCUUCUCUCGAUUAUUCUCUUGUCCCGAUAGACGAGAAUUCAUCAAGGAUUUUUCGAACAUUGUAGACUUGAUUGGGAUUUUGCCCUACUAUUUUGGCAUCAUGGAACGGCUGAUUGAGACUAACAAUACUGCUCUACAGUCUAUCAUUACUAUUCUUCGCAUUUUUAGAAUCUUUCGGGUAAUUAAAUUAGCAAGGCAUUCGGAACAAUUUCAAACUUUGUUACUAUCGAUUGGCCAGGCUGCUGGAGAGUUAGGUGGAAUCCUCUUCUCGUUUCUUGCCCUAAUGGUCAUGUUUUCCACAUUAAUUUUCGUGGCUGAAGAUGGAGGUAGCGAAAAUCUUAAUGGAUUCACAAGCAUUCCUGCAGCAUUCUGGUACACACUUGUAACCAUGACAACCUUAGGAUAUGGUGACAUAUAUCCAGGUACAUUCUUUGGUAAAGUCAUCGGAUCUGCAUGUGCUCUGGCAGGAGUUGUUCUACUUGCUCUUCCAGUCCCUAUCAUUGAAGAAAGGCUCAAUGCAAAUUCAAAGAAAGCUAGCCGCAAUAAAGACGAGAAACCAUUUGAAGGUCUAACAAAGAGAUUUGCCACCUCAAUUGCUUCUCUUAGUCGCCUAAAGAACUUCAAGAAAUUUGCUGGUCUAACGUCACAUGCCUCUCAGUCAAGCGCUAUAGACCUCAGCUGUAAUGACCGUUACGAGAGUAACCACGUGACUCAAGAAAUGAAGUCUUCGCUGGAAAAAUCGACGGAUUUUCCAUCUGAUGAGACUAUUAAAGCUACUUUUGUUGAAAUGUCCGAGGCCCAACCUGUCCAAAUCCACCAAUGUUGUGUACAUGGCAGAUCUAGGUUUAGUCCAACAAGACAAUAUCCUGGAACACCCGACCAAGGGAAUAAUUUUUGGUUUAGUAACAGAAAUCUCAGCGCAAGAAGCUCGAGUGAAGCUCAAAGGGAAGAUAGUUCAAUGAAGCCAACGAGUAAUGGGUACGCGGUUGCAGAAAGAAAGCCAUGCGCACGAAAGCGUAGAGGAUAUGACUCAGCAAACGGUGACCAUGAAAGUAUUUCCUUGAAAUCGUUCCAGGAGAAUGGCACUAGUUUACAAACCGCUGACCAGCAGAAUGAUAGUGAAACCGAAGAGCAAGACAAUGAAGAUUAUGAUCAACUGUCGGAUGAAUGGAAUACACCAAUUUGA